CAAAUUAAAAAGAUGGGCUUUUAAAAACAUGUAUUCCUGCUUGCAUUUUUACAUUUUGGCUUUGUUAAAAUCUGGUUACCAAGCGUAAAAUGAAACGUGAAAUAUCACAUGAACAAAGGGGAUGAAAAAGUUGAAGAAGGUAAAAGUAUUUAUCAAAUAGUAAUAACCAUCAGAGAAAUGUGAACCUUUCUUUCCCAUGUGGUCUGAUAUUUUUCUCAAAUAUUUAUUGAAAUCCUUACAGAUUUUAGGAGCAAACAUGUUUCUUUGACUUUGUGAGCCUCUUUUAGCGAGACUGCCUUCUUGGAGGGAAAAGCCUCUUUGUGGUUCCCUGCAGUUCUUCACACAGACCAACAGACGGCGUUUCACCUGAAGGACUGGCUGCUUUGAUAAGUCUCAUUAGUGGGACUUUUCCCCAGACUUUGAUUGGAAAUGCCGCAGAGACAUCAGGAGCAGGGCUGUGCAGACUGUUAUGAGUUGCUCCUUGUCUCAGCAGCAGACAGACCUGCUGUCACGUAAAACAGGAGCUCCCUUGGUUCUGCAGUUACAUGAUCAUUUGGUCACAGGUUCAAAUCCCAGCCCAGCCAACAGAGUCCACAUUCUCCUGAACUGUAACAGUAAUGUACGGUGAACCACUCUUGACCAGUGGGUCUGCAUAAUGGAAAGUGGAGGUACAUCUUUUUUUUCAGAGUAUGAUGAGGAACUUUCAAUUGGUUUUAGUUUUUUGGGCAGUUCAAAGGCUGACAGUCUAAAACAUGAUGCUGCUGCUCUCUGGACACAGGACACUGGACCAUCAGACCAGGACUGGUGCCACCCCUCUGUACCUGGCCUGUCAGGAAGGGCACCUUCAUGUAGUGGAGUGUCUCAUCAAAGAAUUUGGUGCUGAUGUCCACCUGAGAGCCCGCGAUGGGAUGACCUGUUUGCACGCCGCUGCUCACAUGGGUCACCAGGCUGUGGUGGAGUGGCUGGCGACCUGCACUGAUGUCGGCUUGUCUUGCCAGGACGGAGAAGGAGCAACUGCGUUGCACUUUGCUGCCAGCAGGGGGCACUGCUGCAUUUUGGACAAGCUGCUGUGCAUGGGUUCAAAGGUCAUGGAGGACUACUGGGGGGGCACCCCUCUUCAUGAUGCUGCAGAGAAUGGAGAGCUGGAGUGCUGUAAAGUCCUGCUCGUCAACGGAGCUAACCCUGCAGAUAAAGACAUCGACGGGUUCACAGCAGCAGACCUGGCAGAGUACAACGGACACUCCAAAUGUGCCAGAUAUCUGCGUGGCAUUGAGAGAACCACCUCCUCAGAGAGACGCAUCGAGAGAGACGCUCCAGAGGAGGUGGAGGCCAAGCCUUCUGUGCCACAUAGUGAGGAAGACUACUACUGCAGCCUGAGUAAGGCCAGCAGGGACACACUCAUGGACAGUUUAAAGAAACCUGAGUGUGAGGAGUCUCCACAGGAAAGGUACCCCCAGCUUUCUCCAUCUUCAUCCUCACCUGCUCAGCUCGGGAGGCGUGCAGUCCGAAGAAUCAAGGAAGUUCAAGCAGUAACAUCUGUUAUUAAAGGUUUCCAUCAGUACAAGACAGCCAGGGGCAAACAGGGCGUUUCUGCUGACGAAGCCCAGUUUCCAAACACAGACGUCCUGGCUGAAAAGAAACUGCUCGGUGACAUGAAGUCCAUCAAGUCUCUGAAAGACUCCGGGAUGUCAGGAGUCUUCACGGGACAAGCUAACAAGAUGGUGGUUCUACCAACGGAGGAGGCCAACCUGUCAGACAUUGACUAUCUGGUGCCCACGCACGACGAGAGGGGCCUUCCCAUCGCUGAGUGGAAGAGGCAGGUCAUGGUGAGGCAGCUGCAGGCCAGGCUACUGGAUGAGGAAGACCAAAGGAGGAAGGAAAAUGGGAACAGAUAUGUCAAAGUCAGCUGGAGGUACUCCCAAGCCCACAAUGCCAUCCUGGGUCCGUUUGGUGAGCUGCUGACAGAGGAUGACCUCAUCUACCUGGAAGAGCAGAUUGCCAACGUCUCCAUGCAGAGGAACUGUGAAGGCUAUGAGCUGGAGCUGGCUCGGCUGGCAGAGGAGCUCAGGCACAUCCUGCCGGCCCCUAUCGUCAAUAUCACCGUCAACACGCAGUUCAGGAACUUCAAGAGUCAGGUUCCCCUGCCUGUGUGGUGUGGCCGGAUCUCUGGUAUCGUGAAGAGCAUGUCGCUGCUCAUGACCAACCUGACAGACCAGCCCUACUGCAAGAUGCCCAACACCGAGCUCAUAACGGUGUUCUCUCAGGCGCCAGACAGACAGUUUUCCACCAGAGUGCGCAGGGAGAGCAUUGAGGAGGAAAUCCAGCAAUUUGGAGUGUCUGUGAGGACUCUAAAGUCAAACUUUGAAUUGCAGAACUCAUCCGUGUUAGAAUAUGCAGAGGAACGUGAGGGAGCAGAGUCAGACGAUCUCUCCAAAGGGUUCAAGACGGUCUCAGAACCGAACCAGCACAGUGACUCAGGCAUCAGCUGUGAUGACAGCGUUGUAGAUGUUCAGGAAACCACCAGCCUCAGGAAGGAGCGGAUUGUUGUUCUGUUUUUAGGCCACUGGAAGAAAUCUGCCUACGCGGUGACACUGAAGAGCAGGGAUGCAGAGGAGACGAAGAUGAGCACAGGAAACCCGGAGAUGGCCGACGACUCUUCCUCUGGUCGUGUGGACGGCACAGACAGCCGCGCCCAGUCCAAGAUGAUGAACAGUACCCUGGGACACUUCUUUAAGCAGAGGAGUGCUGUCAACAAGAUGAUGGGAAACUGGAGGAAAAUGAUCUCUAGUGUGCCAUCCAGGCAGAUCCGCAGGCUCCACCGGCAGAAAGUGGUCUUCUCCCCGGAGCAGUUCUUACCUCGUCUGGAAGGCGUGCCUGUGGACUACGACAGCCUGACUCUGGAUCUUUUCAUGCUUGGCUACUUCCACAUCCUGGAGUUGGACCUGCCGGUAGAUGAGCGCAAAAUGAGGCACCUGCUGUGUUUUGAAGUUUUCGAUCGGGUGGGCAAGUUUCCCUGGGAGACAGUGAGGGACUUCCAUAAGGCUGUCAUUCAGGACAUCGAGGCAGCGAACCGCGAGUGGAAGGAUGGCUUUGAGGACAUUAAAGCAAAGUUCUUUGAAAACUCUGCGGGUCAAUCUAAAUGCAGCGAAGAACCGGCCAAGCAAAGCCUCCCGGAGGUCCGACGGGUUCCUAAAGUCAUCGUUCAGACACCUACGCCUGACGAGAACGCGCUCCAUGGUGGAACUGACCUUUCCAGUUUCAGCAACGAUGAAAUUUGUCAAUAUAUUGAUCGGAGCUUUGCUUUUUGGAAAGAGAAAGAGGCAGAAAUUUUCGAUUUUGAAUAGUCACCUUUUUUGUGUACAUGAAAGUUGUGGGGAUUUUGGACUUGAUAUCAAUCUUCGGUACUUUUUAGAGCUUAAUUUGAGUUGUGCCCACUUCAACAGCUGUGCUGUGUGUUGGCAUCAAAGGUUGACCACAUGCGUCACCUGGUUUACUUUGCUUUUCUCAUAUUUUCUGAUUUUUUUUUAUUUUAAUAAAUACAAUUUUGUAUAAUUGAAUUCGAUCUGUUUAUACAUUAAAAGAACAUUUCAGAAGUUUCA